AUGUCAACUUCAGCGGCUAGUGAAACCAUUGCAGUCUCUGACUCUGUUGCGCUUGUUCAUGUCAAUAUGACCAACGUAACCAAGCUGACAGCCUCCAACUUCCUCAUGUGGAGCCGCCAGGUCCAAGUUCUCUUUGAUGGCUAUGAGCUCUCUGGAUAUCUCGACGGAUCCACUGAGACUCCGUCCGCUACUCUCACCGCAGACAACAUCGUCUCGUCCAUACUCUCCACCACCACCACUGCUGCGGAGAUCUGGACCACUCUGACCGCGACCUACGCAAAACCAAGCCGAGGUCACUUCAAACAAUUGAAACUUCAGAUCAAACAAUGGACUAAAGGCAACAAGUCCAUCAACGACUACUUUCAGGGCCUCACAAGUCGCUUCGACCAGCUCGCUCUCCUUGGCAAAGCCAUGGAUCUGGAAGAUCAAGUUGAGCACGUCCUCGAAGGUCUUCCGGAAGAGUACAAAACCGUGGUCGAUCAAAUCGAGGGACGUGAUUCUCCACCGUCUCUUACUGAGCUCACGAGAAGCUGA